CGCAAACAACGACUUUCCAGUUACAACACACAAAACUGCAUCCAACACGCGAAGCUUGUUUCUUUCUUCUGUCUCUGGGUUCUUUGAUUUCAAAGAAAGCAAAAUGGUUGAGGUACAGAGUCACAGAGCAGAAAUGCUGAGCAUAGCCAUGGCUGUGGUCGCCAUUGGUGCUGGUACCGUCUUCUAUUUCUACGUCACCAGGAAACCAAAAGGUUGCUUGGAUCCUGAGAAAUUUAAGGAAUUCAAACUUGUUAAACGCACUCAGCUCAGCCAUAAUGUGGCCAAGUUUAAGUUUGUUCUUCCAACACCAACAUCAGUAUUGGGUCUGCCUAUUGGACAGCAUAUAAGUUGCAGAGGAAAAGAUAGUCUUAAUGAAGAAGUUGUCAAAGCAUAUACCCCAACUACUUUGGAUACAGAUGUUGGAUACUUUGAGUUAGUCAUAAAGAUGUAUCCCCAAGGUAGGAUGUCUCACCAUUUUCGUGUCAUGAGUGAAGGUGAUUAUCUGUCUGUUAAAGGACCUAAGGGUCGAUUCAAGUAUCAGCCUAACCAAGUUAGAGCUUUUGGGAUGCUUGCUGGAGGCACUGGCAUCACUCCAAUGUUCCAGGUUGCUAGAGCCAUAAUGGAAAAUCCUAGUGACAAAACGAAUGUACAUCUCAUAUAUGCCAAUGUCACAUAUGAAGACAUUCUAUUGAAAGAAGAGCUGGAUAAUCUUGCGAGUAACUUUCCUAAUCGUUUCAACAUUUAUUAUGUUCUGAAUCAGGCCCCUGAAGGCUGGGAAGGUGGUGUUGGCUUCAUAUCAAAAGAAAUUAUUCAGACUCACUGCCCUGCGCCAGCACCUGAUAUUAAGAUUUUAAGAUGCGGGCCACCACCUAUGAACAAGGCUAUGGCUGCUAACCUGGACAGUCUUGGAUACAGUUCGGAAAUGCAGUUUCAGUUUUAAGGCUUUGAUGGCUCUUAUGUCAUUGUAUUGAAGAUGUUAUUUUUUAUUUUUAGUGGUUAUCAUUCAUCAUCAACUUAGGUUAUUAAAUUGUGCACGCACAAGAAGCAUCUGAUUUCUUUGCUAUAUAGGCUCUUUAAUUUUGUCGGGAGAGAAAGUAAUACUAUAGUACAUAUGGAAGUCAAUGGUAACUGGCAACAUGAUUCGUCCGAUUUCUAAGUUCCCGGUUAUAUUGCAGGAACUAAAUUGUC